AUGGAUAAUAUGAUACUCUACUCUGAUAUCAGUACCAUUCCGCCCUAUGUACGCGGAGAUCUGUAUCGAAAUGGAGGUGGGAUGUAUGAGGUAGGGAACCACACCUACAAUCAUCUAUUUGAUGGGCUGGCUAUAAUUCAGCACCCCAGAAUCGGUAAGAAGCAAAACGCUAGAGAUCUAACAGACAACACGCUUGUGAAUGUUAUUCCUUUCGACGAUAACCUUUACGCCGCCACGGAAACCAAUUUUUGAAAUCAGAUCGAUACUGAUACUCUGGCACGAAAGCAAAAGCUUGACCUGAAAGAGCUAACAACUGUUGACAUGGCAACCGCACAUCCUCAUAUCGACGCAGAUUGUACGGUGUACAACGUCGGUCAUGUUUUUAAGAAAGGAUUGCCUACUGUAGUGACACGCAUGGGUAGAAAAAAAGGUUUGUUGCUUUAA